CGAAAUACAAUGACUUUGCACCCACCGUCCCUCCCCCUAUAACCCUUUAAAGUACCCCAUUCUUCCUGAGUGUAAAUCAAGUCUCCUUUUCCUUUCCAAUUCUCUCUUCAUCUCUACCCAACACCUUCUUCUAGACCCAAAACAAAAGCAAUGAAGAAGAUCAAUCUGAUACUUCGGAAAUGCAAGAGCUUGUCAAGACAACUAGCAAGAUCAUCGUCUUACAGCAGCCUAAGGUCGAAAUCGGCUAAGGAAGAUCAUCUCUCGGAUCACAUGGGAGGAGAUGAACAUUGUGAAACGAUUUAUGUUGGGAGCACAAGGAAACGUUAUGUCAUUAGUGCCAAGUACCUUAAACACCCUUUGUUGAAUGCAUUGAUAGAGAGGUCGAAACAGAAGCAUGGAGGAGAAGACAUAUUGGUGAAAUGUGAGGUAGUGUUGUUUGAUCAUCUUUUAUGGAUGCUUGAGAAUUCUGAUCCAAAUCUCAUUUUGGGUUCCUUGGAAGAACUAGCUGACCUCUAUGUCUUUUGAUGAGCUCAACCUGAUCAGGCAUAUAUAUAUAUAUAUACAUAUAUAAUAUGCUUUUGAAUAUUUUGAUCUUGUUUAAGAUAAAAAACCAAGAACAUGAUCAAUGAAUAUUCAUGUAAGGUCGUGAUCAUGACAUGCAUCCUGAUGAUGAUUCAGAGUUGUAAUAUGAUUCAAUAUCUUUUAAUGACCUCUUAUUAAUUAAUUCUUGAUUUCUGUUGCUAACUCACUGCACUUGAUUUGAUGGAUCAAGUGCUUAUUAUUUGCAUUCAAUUGGGGGUACCCUUUCUUUGCAAUUCAUGUCUUUCUUUUUGUUGGUUCAA